AUGUCCCAUCGUGCCGAGGAGCCAUUUGUUUCUUGUUACGUACCUUCGGAGUGUGCCUGGCCUGGUCCACAAGCGUAUACUCAAGAAGCAGAUUCAAGUGACAUCAUGCCCACCCGCCAGCCAACAUCGCCUCCGUGCAUCACCAAAUUCACAAACUGCCGCAUUCUCAAAGCCAACCAGCUCAUCGAACAAGACCUCUGGAUCGAUUCCCUAACCGGCAAAGUCCUCAAGGACCAAGAAGCCUUUUAUGAACUCCAUCUCUCACCGGAUCAAGUCAUCGACCUAAAUGGUCGCAUUCUCGCACCGGGUUUUAUCGAUGUACAACUCAACGGUGCCCAGGGGUUUGAUUACUCUGUUCCUCAGGCCACGAAGGAAGAAUACGAUGCGGGAUUUAUUGCUUCGAAUCGCGGCUUGAUCAAGACUGGUGUGACUUCUUUCCUACCGACGACUGUGAGUACAACGGCGGAGAAUUAUAAAAAGGUUCUUCCUUCUCUUGCGCCGACGGGGAGACGUAGACCGGAAGAUGGUGCGGAAUCUUUGGGGGCACAUGUCGAGGGUCCAUUUAUCAGUCCAUCGCGAAAUGGGAUUCAUAAGCCUGAGGUUCUAUUAGCUUCAACAGAAGGGUUUCAGGAUAUUAUCAAUUGCUACGGACGUGAAAACAUCCCCGAGGUGAUUACGCAUGAUGAGAAUGGCACUAUUGACGAAGGCGUCGCGACGCCAACACCAGCAACGCCAAUUGCCAAAUCCCUUCACAAGAGCAUUCACGCAAACGGUCUGACCAAUGGUCACACCCAACACGGUUCCGCAAGACCAGCAAUUAAAAUGAUCACCGCCGCCCCCGAAGUAGGCACCAUGAUUAAAAACAUCCCCGACCUCACAUCCCGUGGCAUAAUCUACUCCAUCGGCCAUUCAGACGCAACCUACGAACAAGCCAUGAGCGCCGUGGGCCAGGGCGCAAAAAUGAUAACCCAUCUAUUCAACGCCAUGCGUCCCUUUUAUCAUCGCAAUCCCGGCGUAUUUGGUCUCUUGGGACAGAGCGAUUUACCAAAACCCUACUUUGGGGUUAUUGCCGACGGGAUCCAUUUACAUCCUACCUCUAUCAAGAUUGCGUACAAUGCGCAUAGCGAGGGACUCAUUCUCGUGACUGACGCGAUGCGUCUGUGUGGUUUACCGGAUGGAGUCUACGACUGGACGAACGGUGAUCGAAUCAUUAAAAAGGGCGUAAGACUCACGCUCGAAGGAUCCGAUAAAAUCGCCGGAAGUUCUGCGACUUUGAUUGAAUGCGUGAAUAAUUUCCGACGAUGGACAUCGGCGACUACAGCCGAGGCGUUGAGUGCCGUUACUCUCACCCCGGCCAAGAUGUUGGGCAUGGAGAAGGUCAAGGGGACGUUGGACCAUGGCGCGGAUGCCGAUUUGGUGGUCUUGGGGGAGACGAUUGAUUCGUAUAGCGGACCUACUUUGACGGUGGAUCAGGUGUGGAAGUUUGGGAUUAAGGUGUUCGAUUCGGAGGAGAGUUUGUAG